UUUUGUUCCAAUUUCAUGAGCCCUUCCUUUAUUGUUCAUCAUCAUUUGACAUACAUCUUGUGCAACAGUCCAGAUGUGAAUAAAUAACAACGGAAGCUGUGCUUCUAAUUGUUUCACAUGUCUAACACCCUUAAUUCUACUCUUUUUUUUUUUUCUGAUAUCCUAAAAAGUAGCCCAUUAUGGACACCACAAACCAUAUCAGAGGCGAGAGAAAUGACGGAGGUAAUAGAAUGAAGGCAGUUACGGAACAGGAUAUAUCUUGGAUGGAAGGGAGCAGUGACAAAUCCCCUACAGCAUUUUUUGACAAGUUUGGUAUCUUCAGCUGUGAGGAAGGCCACCGUAGAUAUGCCACAGCUAUCCGCCGUUCUGAGAUAUGCGAGCAGGAGAGAAUGUUCUUGAUCAGCAACUUUGAAGUAUGGAAGAAUUCAGAAAGCCCCAUCUACUGGGAGCGUAGGAAUACAAAGGCGAUUGCGAACAAAUUUGCAUGGAAAACAGCAGGCAACAUGAUCAGAGGCUCUGAGCCGUUCGUGGAGAACAUUAUUAUCGAAAACGCCAAUGAACAGAGACAGUGCUUGUCUGUACCCUCCGAUGUAAUACAUGUCCCCAACACACCUCAUCAAGUAUUCGACACAUCGCAUCUUACUCCAAGCACUAAGUCUACAGGCAAGGACCAUACGAAGAGGACGAUGAAUACAACGAUGAGAGCUGCUCCAAUGAAGAGAAUAAGACUCCAAGACCCUUGGCAUGACUUGGCAGAUGCCGCCCUUCAUCUGUACAAAGGUCAUGCCGUCGAUCUUCCCUCAGAGGAAGCCAAGGACACUGAGAAGGAUCAUGAACGCCAAAAACUAUAUGGAUUGGCAUGGCGGCAUCUUAGAGAUGCCAAAAAAGCCUUGGAACAACAAAAUAAAGACAAGGAAGCACGCCUUCAUUUCCGUGAUGCUUUCGUUGCAUUGUCUGGAGUCUUCAAUUUGUACUCGCCAAUAGCAAGAAAAGCAUUGACCUAUGCUGAUCGUGUGGAUGCCAAAAGUCUUUGUUUGAUACCAGAGUUGGAGCACAGGGACAAGGAGCUUACGAAGUUGCUGAACUCUCUAAAGACUACAAAAACAAAGAAAUUGAUCUCAGUCCUGGAGGAUAUAUACUCAUUCCUCAGUUCUAAGCCCAAAUUCAGGCUCUUCCUACUUGUGCUAAGGAACAUCAUUGAGAACAUCCUCAACCCACACCAUGGCGAUAAUAGGCCCUCAGAGGCAGAUGCAUUGUUGAUCUGGGGCUCCAUUCUCAAAGAUGGGAGGCCAAAGGGGACGCCAUUUACAUUCUGUCUCGGUGAUCAGGCAAGUCUUGAUACUCGUGUGUCAAAGAGUAAGUUGGCAUGUGCUUUAAAUACAGGUUGUAGUGCGCGCAAGUGUGACUGUACUCUCUCGAUUGGAAAAGUUCAGUUUGGGAACGCUGAAACAAAAAGGGCAUCGACUCCACCUGAUGCGGUUAAAAUUCAGCUGCGAAAGAACAUCAAGAUUGCGCGGUCUGUUAUGCUUGAGUUGAGUAGAUUUGGCCUUGAUAGUCCUCCCCAGCUCUCUCUCCAUGGUCUCCAGGCUGAUGUUUUUCGAGUGGUACCAUGGAAAGGAGUGUUUGUUGCAGCGCCAGCAUGUGACCCCAUUGUACUGCCAACAAUGGAAGCAACCUGGAACCUCUUCAUCGAAAACACUGCCUUCCGUCUGAAGAAUCUACUUGAGUACUAUCACAACUAUGCAGUGGAUGCAAAAGAGAAGAUUGAUCUCUUCAAUUAUACUCAGAAGACAAUUGGACAGGAAGAAGAAGGGGAAGAUGAAGGAGAAGGAAAAGGAGAGGCGGUGGUGGGUGAUGAGGUUGAGCUUAUCGACUGGAGCGACGUCAUAUUCCACACACCUACAAAACCAAGAGCUAAAAGAUCAAUAGUCGGUGUAAUUAAGCCAGACAAUCGCCGCUUCGAGCAGAAACUACAGGAGGCAAUAACCGAGCUUGAGGAUGAUAACCUUGACAAUGAGGAUAAUGAUCUUGACAACGAGGACAAUGAUCUUGACAACGAGGACAAUGAUCUUGACAAUGAGGACGAAGAUUAGGAGCCCUACUAAAAAAAUAUAAAUAAAAUAAAAAAGGAAAGCUUUACGAUGCCUGUUGGAAGCGGGACUAUCAUCUUAUCAUAUUCUAGAGAGUACUACAAAGCAAAUACAUAAGUCCAUGCAGGUUUCAGGCAGAUCAAAUCCAGUUUUCUGUGCUCCCUGCUUGCAGAAAUCAACCGCUUAUUACAUACUAAGGAAGGAAAAAAAUCAGUAGAAAAAGAUCAGCAGACACCAUAUAUCAAGC